AUGAAAAGAUCAAAAUAUAUAUAUUUAUUUUUAAUUAUAUUAUCCAUAACGAUUUUAAAUACUUUUGGUUAUACUCCAGAUGAAUUAAUUACAAAUGAUAGUGGCGAUUCAAAUGAUACAACGACGAUAGAUAAUAAUGGAACGAUUAGUAAUUCAACAAGUGGAAAUGUAACAAGAUUCAAUACAUCAGGUUCUGCUAUACAGAGUUCAAACAAUGAACUUAAAUUUAAUUUCCCAAUAGUUGGCAUUGCAACAAACAAUCCAAACUCUACGGCUCCUAUCAUCAUUAGCAAAUAUCAAGCUUUUGCAAAUACCGAUAGAAUUGUUAAAAAAGAUUAUCAAGUACUUGGUGGUGAAUCAAAUGUUAUGAAUUCAAUUGAAGUUACUCAUACAGCAAGUUAUAAUGGAUGUGUUGCAUUGUUGAGUAAAACUGAUAGUGGAUGUUUAGUAAUGACUUAUAGUUUGAAUGGUUCAAAUGGAGAACCUGAAAACUCGAUUCAAAAUACACGUGAACUACCCGGUAUCAAUUGUACAAAUAUUGCAAUCGAUGAUACUUAUAUUUGGUUACCAACUACUGAAAAUAGACUUGAAGUUUUAAUUCAUAGAAAUUGUCAAAGAAUCGAACCAACCAAUUUAACAAAACCAUUGGGAAAGAAAAUAGAUUUUAAUGGUACAGAUACAACUAUAAUAUUUGCAGAUCCAAGAACCAAACCAAAACGAUCAUUAUAUAUAUUUCAACAAAAGACUAGUGUAUUAACACAAUACACCUAUAAUAAUAGUCUAGAGGCUCUAACAGUAACUAGUACAACCAAUAUUGGCGAGGCAUGUUCAGUUAGUACAAUCAAAAAUGGUCAAAUCAUGGCAUCAUAUCAUGAUGGUUUCAAAGCUUUCAAUAUUUCAAAUGAUCAAUCCAUUCCUUUUGAUUCUACAAAUAUUGAUAAAGUUGAUCUUUGUGGUCCAUUUGUUUAUAAUAAUGGUUCAAUUUAUUCAAUAACAAAUAAUAAUAGUUUUAUUCAAAUUUUACCUGGAAUUGUAUCAAGAGUUAGUUAUCCAUGUUAUAAUUCAUCAAAUGGUAUCAUUGAAGUAAAGGGAGCCAUUAAUCAUUAUAAUAUUAAAUGGCUUGAUAAUGGUUCAACAAAAUAUCGACGUGAAGGUUUACAAGCCAAAAAGUAUAGUGCUGUCCUAACUUCAACCAUUUUCAAUGACCCUACUUCAAUUAAAUUAACUUUUAAUUUAAUUGAACAAAAAAAUCCAGGACAUCCAUUAAAACAUGGAGUAUGUAGAACAGAUUCAAAUGGUACAGUUGAUUUUAAAAAUAUAAUGACACCUGGAUUAAAAUAUUCAUUUGUAUUGUAUGAUCAAAACAAAAACUUUACAUCGAAAAAUGGUACAUUCAAUUAUCUAAGAUCAAAAAAUUAUACUAUCGAUAUGACAAGUAUUGAUGAAUAUGGGUUUAAAUGUUCAAAUAGAAUUAAUAUUCCAAUUACUCAAGGAGCAAUAUUUGAUCCAGAAAUUAAAAUUAAAAAUCCAAGUUGUUUUAAUUCAACAGAUGGUGAAGUUGAAAUUGUAGAUUUUUAUCCAGAUUUAUAUAAUUAUGAAAUGGUACCACAUUCAAUUCAAACAUUCAACAAGUUUAUUAAAUUGGGUGUUGAUAAUCUUUAUGAAUAUGUAUUGUUUAUAACGGAAAAGAAUGAUACUAGUUGUAAAUUACCAAAGAAAAUCAAUCUAAAAUCACCACCUCAAAUGAAACCACCUCUCUAUACUUAUUCCAGAGUAAAAGAGUGUUAUGGUGAACCUGCUAUUCUCAAAGUACAAUAUAUACCAGGAAUGGAUUAUUCAUUGAUUAAAAAGGAAAAUGGUCAAAGAUACCAAAGUACAAGAACCGAUGGUGGUUAUUCAUUCUUUACAAAUAUUCCAAUUGGUAAUUUUACUCUUCAUUGUUCUGUUCCAAAAACAAAUGGUACAAGUCUAUGUAAAAAUGAAUUAACUCUACCAAUUAGAAUUAUUCAAAAAACUCAAAUUGAAUUAGAUCAAUCAAGAGUAACAACACAAUGUAAUCCAGAUGGAAAAGAAAAUUUAAUAGUUAAAGCAAAAGGAGGACAACCAGAAAGAAAUGGAGAUUAUUAUUAUAUUGGUAAAUAUGCAAAUGCCAAAGGACCCUAUUUAAAUGUUAGUUAUUGGGUUGAUGGUGUUUACUCGGUUACUGUAGCCGAUGCCAAUGGAUGUGCGGUAACCUACGAUAACUUUACCGUCAGUAGACCUAGUGAAUGCUCCAUCUACUAUGAUCACAAUGGCAAUGUUGUUCACAAGGCUGGCAUUGCACCAGUCAUCAAUUCACAUUUGGCCCUUGCUCUUGGUAUUGGUCUUGGUGUUGGUAUCCCAGUACUAGUCGCUGCUCUCAUAGGGGGUGUCGUAUUGUAUCGUCACAUUGGAAAGGCAAAAUCAAGAGCUCUUCCUCCUCCAAAUAGUAUUCCUGUUUUCAUGGGUGGUAAAAUUCAAAAUAUUGAUAAUUAUUAA